AUGGUCUAUGAAGCCCAGCGCGAGCCCCUGAGGAGCAUUUACAUCGCUCUGCAGGCAGCACAUACCUGCUUAAUCCUCACGCCAUUAUGGACAAUUUCAUCCAUACCUCGAAUGUUGCGUCCUAGGCCGUCCUGGUCGGCUUAUAAGACGUUCGCUCUGAGCUAUGUUCGCUAUUGGUCCGUCGUUGGACCUGUUGUUGAACGGGCUGGCCAAAUCACCAAAGUGCCUGACCAUCGCGCGAUACCCGACGCUCCGGGUGUCAAAGGCGUCUGGCUCGAGCCUACUCCUCAGCUCCUCGUCGGCGACGUUGCACGCUGGGCAGAGCAAGCUGGCGUCCGCCCUAUUAGUAUUCCAGGAUAUUGGUAUGACAAAGACGGCUGCGAUACGCCAAUCGGUGCGCCCCCGGAAGAAGGCGAGAAGGUGUUUCUCUAUUUUCACGCCAGUGCCUUCAUUGCGCUAUCCGCACAUCCCCACAACUUGACGGGGGCAUGUAUCCCUACGGUUCUACGUCACGCUCCUGCGAAACGCGGACUCGCGGUCGAGUACCGACUCACAGAUCCCGCGUCGAACGCAAAUCCAUUUCCCGCGGCGCUCAUAGACUGCAUCGCUGGAUAUCACUACCUCAUUGACGUAGUUGGCUUCGCACCAGAGAACAUCAUACUACUUGGUGAUUCUGCGGGCUGCAACCUUGCUCUUGCGCUGGCGCGGUACAUCGUUGACAACAUCGCUGAGCUUUCGACUCGUAUGAAGCUGCCGCCAACGCCCCCUUCCUAUUCCAUGGUGCUCCUAUCGCCAUGGUGCGACCUCGGCACGUCACACGAGACACCCGGAUCCUCCGCGCUCACUUUCUGGUAUGACUUUCUGCCCGACCUACAUAGGGGGAUCAUGGACGCUGCGCGCCGCGCCUACGCCCACCGGCUCCCUCCCGACUCUCGCGAAAUCAACCCCUACAUAUCCCCCGCGUCGCUUCAUCCAAACUGUCAUGCAUCAUUUAAAGGCUUUCCGCGGACGUUUGUCGACGUCGGUACUGCCGAAAGAUUCAUGGACAUGUCUCACACCCUGGCACAAAAGAUGAAGAAAGACUUGGGAGACGCGAACGUAGUAUACCGAGAGGCGCAGGACGCAGUACACUGCUAUAUGUAUUUACCCUUUGAGGCGGAUGCGGCUGCCAAGUCGAUGAAGGCGCUCGAGGCGUUUUUGGAGUAA